CAGCUUACCCUUUUAAAAAGCCGUUGGAAAGGCAGUUGGUUCUGUUGAUGGCACUUUUAUUUUAAUUAACAUAACGUUACCAGUGAGGCUGGUUAUUAAUGGUCAGAAACACUUUAACUUAAUUAUUUGACAACCGCGUGCAAUGAGACAUGUCCUAAUGUAAAGACAGAUUUGUGGAGUUUUUUCCAGAAUCUUUUGAAAGAUGGGGUUCGAGUACAUGUACAACAUAAAGGAGGGUUCUUGGGAAGAUGCGUAUUCAAAGACUAGUGCUUCAGCACUUUCCCCAAAAACUCACAAUGUGAGACUAUGGAAUCUGUUCAUUGCUCUAACAUCAUUAAUAGCUUUUUCCAUCUCAAUGUUUCAGGUCUUUUUCAAUGGCACUUUGCAGUCAGUCAAUACGAUAAAAUAUGGCCUUGAUCUUAUUUAUUUUUUAUACAUUGUUUCACGUUUCUGUAUCGGGUUUGAAGAAAAUGGUGUAGUAAUCACAGAUGCAAAACUGAUUCGGAGAAGGUAUUUGCGCACUUGGUUUCUUGUGGAUGUGUGUGGUUUGAUUCCCCUGGAAAGCUUGGCAUUGGCAAAUUCAGCAUUAUUUGUUUUGAAAUUAAAUUGUUGUCUGAGGGUGUUGACUUUGUUCAGAAUAACAGCCUCAUUUGCAAAGGAACCAGACACCAACAAAAUACAUUUGACAGCCCUCAAUUCCUUUUGUAUUAUUGUUAUUUGCAUUCAGUUAUGUGCAUGUUUUUGGUACCACGAUGUGUGUACAGGCGCUCAUAGUACUGACUUAAGAAACUGUCAAAGAUUUUUCAACUGGCUACAGUUGUUCCCAGAUGUUUCAACCAAUUUGACUGGAGUCUCCGAUAUGAGGCUUUUUGUUGAUGCAAUAUACUGGGCUGCGAUAACAUUAAGUGGUGUUGGGUAUGGAGACAUUUAUCCCAUUAGUACUUCAGAGGUGCAAAUUACAUGCAUCGUCAUGGUUGUUGGUUUACUUGCCUUUGCUGGAGUCAUUAUGACAGGAAUGAGCUCCAUUAUAAGCAACUUGGAUUCCCAACGUGGAAGAUUCUACAAUCGAAUGGAAGCCAUCCGUAUGCACAUGACACACGUGGGAUUGCCCGAGGACGUUCAAACAUGGGUAUACAAAUAUUACUACUAUCUGUGGAUACACCGUAAGGGCAAUACGAUUGCUGGAUUGUGGGAUGACCUACCAUAUACUUUGCGUUCAGAGAUUGCAACUGCAUGCCAUAAACCAGUGUUAAAAAAGGGUUCCAUAUUUGAUGGCAAUGAUCAUGGCUUCUUAAGAGCUUUACAUGCUAAACUUAGCACUUCCACAUACAGUCCAGGGCAAAUCUUGGCAAAACCAGGAGAAGUUAAUAAAAAUGCAUACUACAUUGAAAAUGGAUUGGUGCAGGUAUAUGGAAAUAAUGAGGAGAAAAUUGCAACAUUGUUGCCAGGAUCAUUCAUUGGAGAAGUAUAUUUGAUGUUCAAAAUACCAAGAAAUACCACAAUUUCAGCUUCAACCUUGUGUGAAAUUUGUGUUUUGAAACAUAAAGACCUUAUCUCACUACUGGCUGAUUAUCCGGAAGCUGGACUAAAGAUUGCAAGAGCAGCCAGGAGACGGCUUCACAAUGUUAAAUACCCCCUCUCUGAAGCUGUUGCUUUAGGACUAGCUUCAAAUCCACGGAAUGUGAUUUUUCAUCAGAAUUCUAAUAUAGAUCUAAAGCCAAAGGACCAGCGGAUAUUGAAUUUAUUUAUGGAGUUCAUGUCUCAUCAGUUGAAGAAUGCCCCCUCAUUAUCUAAAUCAUCUACAGAUAAACAAAAGGUUCUUGGAAUUCCAACUUUACACUCAGAUGACAGAUUUGUCAAGAGUUGGGAUAUCGUAAUAUUUUGGUGUGUAACUGUGUCGAUAUUCACAGAAACCUGGUUGCUUUUCUUCACAAAUAACUUGGAAACAAAGGGGUUUUACUACAAUUAUUGGGGACUGAUAUAUCUUGUUCUCAGCAUAUUGAUUGAUAUUGUUGCUGUAAUUGACAUAUUCAUCAAUCUUCGCAUAGAAGUAAUAACAAAACAUGGUUAUUUAUCAGAUAUAACAGCCAUUUUCAACAACUAUCGGAAAUCCUGGAAUUUUUACUUUGAUGUCCUGGCUAUUUUCCCUUUUGAUUUAUUAUCCUUCAUGUACACUGGAGAAUUUCGCUGGAGAAAUUUUACUUACUGCAGAUUAAAUCGGCUUCUGUGGAUUCGUAAGUCUACUGUCUCAUACUUUGAGAGACUCUCUCUGCACUGCUCUCCAAACUAAAAAUCAUGGAUUUGAUCAACUGGUCUCUCAACGCAAUUGACACCAUCUUCUCGACGAGAAGCUUGGGUUCGGGGGAACCUGACUGCCCUGCCGGAACGUUCGCAGCUGGCUACUCGAUGGACGCGUGGGAGAAGUGGCGGGUCGUGUGCCUGGCGGCUCUUUCCGUGGAGGACAUUGAAGAUAUCUACCUAUUCGGAACCAUGAUAACAGGUCUUAUGCUGAUUGGAUUAGGCAUUGCCCUGGUUUAUCGAGGAACUCAAAAAACGGUGACAGCUGUUCAAAGCCCGUAAGGCUGCCCGUCAUGAUUGAAGCAGUGGGCAGAGCUGUCGGCACCCAGACUGGGACUAUCAAGCAUUUGAUGGAUACCAGGAUGGAUCUGACGGAUGCUAGGUUGGAUACUAGGUUGGAUAACAUCAUGGAGAAGCUCACUGCUUUACAAAGGCAAUUGGACCAGAAUGGACUAAGAGGGUAGUCGUGUAAAUUGGAAUGCGGCUACCCGCCCCAAGACCAAACAACUACAAUCUUAUCUGCUUUCGGCCCCCUUCAACCAGCACUGGCCUCGGCCAAGGCCGCUGCUGGAAAAACAAAUUUCCCGGAAGAGCACUGCAGCGAGACGCUCUUGCAGUCCUUUCCCCACUUCCUACAGACACCUGCUGAUUGUGGACUCUGUCUGGGACAUGACCAAGGCUGUCUCCAUAGCAACUUGCUGUGUUAUCACUUUGACAAUCCUGUGGACUGAGGCACUAAGAUUGUGGUACCAGGCGGAGCGACUCACCAGGCCUACACAUACAUCUAACACAUAUGGGUCAAUGACGGAUAAGGUUUUUCAACUGGCCAAAUUUAAAAUUCUAAAAAUAAGAAUUUCUGUUUCAAUUGUUCAAACAUAAAGAAUGUUGGGUAUAUGAAAAUCCAUAUUAAAAUUUCAAGUAAUGUGAUUUUAGUGUUUUUUCAUGAGAAUGAAUUGGUUGCGGCCUUAAAAAAUGUCAUGUGGUGCGAACAUAGAUUAUCUUAAAAUUAAAUGUAUUUCCUUAACAUGCUUAAAAGUUUGUUUACAAGUUCUUAAUAAUAUGAACUGUUUAGAAACAAAGUAUUUACAUUUCUUUACUUUUUGUGAAUAUUGGACUGAUAUUUUUGUUCUAUACGGUCAUUGUCACCUUAUAAAAUAUAUUUAGAACCCUUAUUUUUCCUGUAAGUUUUAUAAAACUGAUGGAAAAGUCUGAAAAAUAGCAUUGACUUAAACGUACUAUAUGACUGAUUAAUAAUUUAACCACAGAAAUUUUAUUUUUCAUUUUGAAUUUAACACAGUUAUUGCUAUUAUUGGUUGCACCACAUGAUGAGUGGUCGCACCAAAUGACUCAAGGAUCUCAUAUUGUUAAAAAUAUAAGUAGAGAGAUUAAUAAACUGUUAUAUUUUCAUUUCAUGAGGGUAAUAUAG